GAUUUUUCUAUUUCAAUCUCUUUCUCUCUCACACAGUCAUACACACACACAUCGAUUGAAGGAUUUCUCUGUGUGUAAUCCAGAAGAAAUGAUUGAUGGGAAUCUGUAGAUUUCUGUGUUCAUUCCAGUUCAUAGCUUAAUUAACACUACCGAUGAUCUUCUUCAACUAAAACAUUUAAAAAAAAAGAAAGAAUCUUGAUUAAUUUCUUCUUUGGAAUCCAUUUGAUUUGCUGUUGUCUGUGUUGAGCUCAAUCUUCCCAUGGAUGGUUUCUUCUAAUCUAAUCAGCAUUUCAUCUCGAACCAGAGUUUACAGUCUACCCACAUGGGAUUGGGUUUCAUAAUAUCAGUGCAAAGCAGGAUCUUGUUACUUCAAUUACCAUGGAAUCGCAAUUGAAUACGAUUGAUCACUCGUUUGAUUCACGCUACUCUUUCUGGGCACGAGAGGUACUCGAUGAAAUGCCUGACUGUUUCACCAUCACUGAUCCUUCAAUCUCCGGCCAUCCAAUCGUGUUCGCGUCUCGCGGCUUCUUAAAAAUGUGUGGUUAUCGAAAGGAAGAAGUUGUGGGUAGGAACGGCAGGAUGUUUCAAGGUCCUAUGACUUGUCGGAGAUCGGUAUUGGAGAUUCGAGAGGCAGUUAGGUUUGAGAAGACACUGCAAAUAAGUAUAUUGAAUUACCGUAAAGACGGGAGACCCUUCUCUAUGCUUUUCCAUAUGUGCCCUGUUUUCAGCAAAGAAGAUGGGACUGUAAUUCAUUUCCUUUCAGUUCAUGUUCCUAUUGUAAAGAAGGCGCAGCAGAGACGGUCAUGGAGUAGUGGAGUUACUUUCAGUGAAGAUGGAUAUGGAUAUGGGUUUUCUGAAACUGUCCGUGGUUAUUGCCGAAGGGACGUUGGCGACUCUGGCUCCAUUGCAGAAUUAGACAGGGGGUCCUUCGCUGCUGUUGAUUCAGAUGAUAGAGAAAUGGAGAUGGACGAUGAUGGUCCAUAUGAAGCAGGGGAACUGGAGAAGAGGAAAGCCAUAUCAGCCGUGAGCAACAUACUGUCAGUGUUAACCCAUUACAGUGAGCUAACUGGGAGAUUGGUUUGUAGCAGGAAAUGCCGCCUAUCAUCAGAGACAGGCUUUCCUUCAUCAUUAAAUAUAAGUCUUGGUAGAAUCAAACAAAGUUUUGUAUUGACGAAUCCAGAUUUAGAAGAUAUGCCAAUUGUAUAUGCAAGUGAUGCCUUCUUACAGCUUACAGGAUAUGACAGACACCAAGUUUUGGGGAGAAACUGUAGAUUUUUAUGUGGAGAAUAUACAGAUUUUUCUGUUACAAAUCAGAUAAAGGAAAGCAUUGAAGCAGCUAGACCAUGUACAGUUCGAAUCCUAAACUACAGGAAGGAUGGAAGUUGGUUUUGGAACUUGCUUCAUAUCUCGCCUGUUCGGAAUGCGACAGGAAAGAUAGCAUAUUAUGUGGGAGUUCAAAUAGAGGAAGAAGAAGAAUGCAGUAAAAGUAUGGAAAUGAAUAGACUGAGUCCAGAACAGAGGCAUACAAGUGUAGUGGCUGUAGUUAAAGUUUCUGUAAGAUGUUUAUCAUUGGGAGCAGCAAGUUCUUCCAAGUAAUAAUAAUAGGGGUAAAAUGUUGUGUAAAAGUAAAAGUGUAUUAUUAUCAGACUAUUUUAUAUAUAUCUAAUACAAAUGAUUUUUCAAUCCA